AUGAAUAUGGUGUUAAGUCCGAUUUCCACGUAAUUUUAUCGAUUCCCGACCGUUAUUUGACUCUUUUCGUUCAGUCUUUUGAGCUGCGUGUUCUCCGGAGUGGCCGAAGUGGCCAAUGUGCCGCUGGAAAUGCUCCGAUCUCAGAUGGGCUGGCUGAGCAAGGAGGAGCGUGCGAUGUACCGCGGAGAGCGCCGCUCGCUUGAAGACGUGUGUGAUGUCCCGCCGCCAACGGAGCAGAUAACCAGAACAGGCAAACCGAUACUUCCGUAUGCAGAUUCCGUCGAAUCCCACAAUGAUCAGGUCUGUUCAGAAGCUCCAAGUGGGGAGACUGCCCAAUCUGCUCGUCACCGCCCGUCAAGCCCCAGGGAUGCGUCAAGUGUCUCCAGUUCGUCGGAUGCGCCGAGUGAGUCCUUUCCUCCUUCAUUCCUCCGACUCUUGCUCUUUUCUUUUUCAGCUGCAUCGUUCGCUGGUACAUAACCCGCGCAGAUGCUGAGCUCCGUAACCCGGCGUGUCCGAUGUGCCGUGCCUACUGGAGACGCUGUCCGGAGGUACGCCACAUGAGCACCGUCGAUAAGUAUCGCCAGAAACUGAAUCGGAAGCCCGAGUCGUUGCGACGCUCGAACAGACUCAAGUUCAAAGUUAGGAAAUGA